CGCUCGGAGUGCACUGAGAGUUCAAGAGCGCUGGAUGCAAGGGGAGCGGACACAUUUUGCCGAAAAGUGCUCACCGUAUCAGACGGCAUCGCUUGUGUGUGUUUGGAGUCGAGAGGAAGGAGUGUCAACUGUCGCUGCUGCUGUUUCGUUUCUUUUUUUGCAAUUUUGACUUGCAGGCAAGGGGAGCGAGCAGAGUGGAGGGGCGUUCAGGUGUGACACGGACGGCCGUGUAUCGCAUGUGAGAGAGGCAAAGUUGAGCGCAGGGCAGCACAGAGGAGAAAGCAGACCCGUCCACGCGCCAUGACGAAAGAAGGCUCUAGUCAUCCAAGUCCAAAUGAAGAUGGGUCUCAGCGCUGCAUGUCUGGCAGCAAUUAUGGCAGGAAAGACAGCAGGGUUAGAGCGCUAUCCCAUUCAGGAGUCCCAUUAGUGGGAUUGAUGUUCUUGGCCAUCAUCCCGUUUGGAGUGAGCAUCAAACAAAGUGUCCCUCGCGUCAAACUGAGCCAGAGAGAGCUGCUGCAAGCAGGCAGCGUUUCCUUGUUUUUGGGUCCCUCCGAUGGCCUCCUGUCCCACUCCCUGCUGCUGGAUGAGGAGAGGGGUCAUCUUCUGCUGGGAGCCAGGGAUCACAUCUACCUGCUUGACCCCGACAACCUGGCCAUAGGUCCCAGAAAGAUUCACUGGCCUGCACCUCGAGACCGAGUGGAAGUCUGCAAACUGGCAGGCAAAAAUUCAAAUGAGUGUGCCAACUUCGUGAGGGUGCUCCACAACUACAACUUGACGCAUGUCUACGCCUGUGGGACAGGAGCCUUCAACCCCAGCUGUGCCUUCGUUGAAAUCACUGGCUCCAGACAGGAUGGAGUGUUCAAGCUGCUGUCUGCUACAGUGGAGUCUGGCAGAUUAAAAUGUCCUUAUGAUCCAUUGCAGACAUUCACAUCAGUCCUCACAGACCAGUUUCUCUAUGCUGGCACUGCUUCGGACUUCUUGGGCAAAGACACGACGUUCACACGCUCCCUCGGCCCGCCACCUGACCAGCACUACAUUCGCACAGACAUCUCCGAAUACUACUGGAUCAAUGAGGCCAAGUUCAUAUCGGCACAGCCCAUCGCGGACACCUACAAUCCGGACGACGACAAAAUCUACUUUUUCUUCCGAGAGGUGUCGUGGGAAGGCAACGACAAGAGUAUCGUAUCCCGCGUGGCUCGCGUUUGCAAGAAUGACGUGGGUGGCCUGAGGAGUCUGACCAACAAAUGGACCACCUUCCUCAAAGCCAGACUUGUGUGCUCCAUUCCUGGACCCGACGGCGUGAACACACACUUUGAUGAGCUACAGGACAUUUUCAUGCUUCCUACAAGAGAUCCGAAGAACCCAACAGUGUAUGCCGUCUUCACCACCUCCAGCUCCAUUUUUCGGGGUUCGGCCGUGUGCGUGUACAGCAUGGCGGACAUUAGGGCCGCCUUCAAUGGGCCCUACGCCCACAAGGAGGGGCCAGACCACCGCUGGGUAGAGUAUGAGGGGAGGAUACCAUACCCGCGUCCUGGAACGUGUCCCAGUAAAACGUACGACCCUCGCAUCAAAACCACCAAAGAUUUCCCCGACGACGUGGUCAGCUUCAUCCGUUACCACCCGCUGAUGUUCCACUCCGUCUACCCACUGAGCGGCCGGCCCGCGUUCACGCGGGUGCGAGUGGACUACACCCUCACUCAGGUUGUAGUGGACAGAGUUUUAGCCGAGGACGGACAGUACGAGGUUCUCUUCCUUGGGACGGACACUGGCACCGUUUUGAAGGUGGUGAGCAUCACCAGAGACAAGUGGUCCACGGAGGAAGUGGUGCUUGAAGAGCUUCAAGUGUUCCAGGUUCCCACUCCGAUUCUCAGUCUGGAGAUUUCUUCUAAGCAGCAACAGCUGUACGUGGGCUCCAGCGAGGGUCUGGCCCAGCUUUCGCUCAGCCGAUGUCACCUGUACGGCCAAGCCUGCGCCGAGUGCUGCCUGGCCCGAGACCCCCACUGUGCCUGGGAUGGACACACGUGCUCCAGAUACGUCCCUGCGGCCAAGAGGAGAGCCAGGAGACAAGAUAUCAAGCACGGAGACCCUGCCAGCCAGUGUUGGGAUACAGAGGAUAGCCUCGGCGUUGGAAAGGUGGAGGAGGGAGUUCUCUUCGGUGUGCAGAGCAAUUCGACGUUCCUCGAGUGCAUCCCCAAAUCUCAGCAGGCCCACAUCAGCUGGUUCGUUCGCAGGACUGGAUCGGAACACAGGGAGCAGGUCAGGCCGGACGACCGUGUCAUACAAACGGACCGAGGCCUCCUGAUUCGUUCCCUGCAUGUGUCCGACGUCGGUGUGUACGAGUGCGAAGCUCAGGAGCACACUCACUUCGCGCACACACUCCGCCGGGUCACACUGCAACUUGUCCCUCACGGCCAACUGGACCGAAAACCUAAAGGUGGUGAAGACCUGAUGACAGAGCUACGGCACGGCCUCCGUUACAAAGACUACCUGAGGCUCAUGAGCUCCCCCGUGAGCUCCCUGGAGGAGUACUGUGACUCACUCUGGCUCGAGAAGAGGCCGUCGAAGGCCCGCGGCCGAGCCUUGGGCGUCGGCAAGUGGAAACACAUGCAGGAAAUGAAGAAGAGUAGGAACAGAAGGCACCAGCGAGAGAAGGAAAGAGUGACUGACAAACUGUAGUGGACGGCGAACGAGGAAGAGGGCUGGAAAAAUGGGUCGGACAGGUGAGUCCGUACACACAAAAACAAUUGGAAAGGUUAACAGUUGACAGCAUAACUUGCAAGCUGUUUUUUUGUACUCUAUUUUUAAGGCUUUGGUGUGAAAUGCUCCAAAAAUACAAAGCCUAACCGCCCAUGCGGAAAGUUAAUGACCAAUUAUUUAAUCGAUUAAUCGUAAUUCAUACAAAAAAAUUUGAGAUUCCCCAAAUUAGUACGUAAGUUGGAACAUUUCAGGAGCAAAAUAAAAUUUUGCUGCAUGCUGUGAAUGGGGUAAAAAGAAGCACCAUCUGGUAGACAAACUUGAGAUGGGGGUCUCAAAUUUACGAUGAAAUUCUGUUCCGCUGGCAACCACGCUACCCAAAUGUAAAUGUAAUUUGGAGCAGUUAUCAUUUCAGUUGCUGUAGACACAAUAAAAAGGUGUGUAAGUUUGCUCCAUGCUUUGAACGGGGCAAAAAGUUGUGCCAUCUGGUGGACACACUUGAGAGCCAGUAACAGGGGUCUUCAGUUUAUGUCGGAAUUCCAUUCCGACAGCGGCUACACAACCCAAAUUUGUACAGCAUUUAAUUUGGAACAAUUUCCAUUUGAGUACAGAGGCAACUUUGUAUAAAAUGGUGUGAAAUUUUGCAGCAUGCUUUGAAUGAGCUCAAAAGUAGCAUCAAUUGGAGACCAAACUUGAGAGCCAGUAACAGCAUUCCCAGGCUUACAACGGAAUUCCCUUCUUACGGAGGCGCUAUAACUAGGGGUGGGCGAUAUGAAUCGCCUUCGAUAUAAUAGUCAACGUUGCUUUAACGAUGUGCACUUUUAUGUUAAGAGUAUUCAUACUGUCUCUAAAAGAAAGCAACCGAAUGGGUGCAUGGACGGCAUAUGAGGAGAGAAAAGUGGAAGUGCAUGAAAGUCCUCAUUUGCCAAAUCAGCGGACAUGAUUCACUCACGUGACUCAGUGGCGGGCAAAAUAAACUCUCGCCCUCAAACUAGCGGGCCGAGCAACCUUUUCAGGAGUUUAGCAGCUGAAAAAGUGGGUGAAUUGAAACAAUGGACUUCAAAAGAAAGGAUGUAUAGCGUUUUGUUGGCCAACUGGAAAGUGACACAGGUUACCGACUACAUGCUGGCUUCCCAAGCGUGGCCAGUUUAAAAGCAAAACAAAGAGAAAAGACGGCGCUGUUACCAUCGUAUAUUCACUGGGGGAUUCAUUCAUUUUGGAUAACAUUUACAAAGAAAACUGCGCGCUGCCAAAGUCAUCCCAAACGCUGGUGAGGCUAACGGAGGAGCUAGCUAGCAUAGCCCUACUGGCGCAGCUGUUUGUAACUAAAUACUGUAUUUCACUAUCCCGUCACCGAUCACCCACUGCUUUAGUUAUUUGAACCCUGUACUGUAUUACCAAUUUCGGCUGCUAAACUUGUCACCGGGAAUUAAAAAAAACAAAAGAUUCCGGUCAUGACGUCACAUUUCAUCAUUUCAAAAUUAUGUGUGGGCCCGCAAGUGCGAAGUUUGAUCUUUUUUCCAUUUCACCCUUCAUAAGAAACACCUUGUCAUGUGGAAAGGUUUAAAACAUUAUGAAGCUCGUAAAUCUAAUUUCCCUCACGGCAUGAAAAAAGUAUCCAUCUAUCCAUCCAUCCACGACUUCCGCUCAAGAAAAAAUUUGAAAACCUACAAAACACACAGAAAACCUUUGCCGAGUCAUUUAGUACACACCCACUAUUUGAGAAAAACAAGUAAACGUUGGCAAGACAACGCCAUCAGCUACAUUUCUUUCGGCUGUUUUCUAGCCUAAUUUGUAUGACAGUGUGCAAACUUGUCUAUUUUAUUUAAAAUAUUUAUCUUCAUUUUUGGACAUUUAAAAAAAAUAUUUUUUAUAAAAAGCUUAACUAAAAUAUUAUUGUGUAAACCUGAUUUGGCAUAUUCUCCUGUAUACGGUCUGGGCAUGAGUUAUGAAUUGUUAAAUACUGCCAUACAUAUUCUUGUGCAAUGUCAAGGAUUAAGGAUAAAUGUCCUCGGAAGCAAGCAGAGCUUUACACCACUUUUAUAUAUAUAUAGGAUAUCUGUCAAAUUGCCGUUAUCGUAAAAUUAAAAAAAAUAAAUAAAUAAAAUAAAAAAGAUAUUUUCAUUGCCCAUAUAUCGCCCACCCAUAGUUAUAACUCAAAUUCAUACGUUAGUUGAAAUGAGUUGCAGUCUAUCUUUAACCUAUGCUAAUGCAGUUGUGACAUCACAACUACAAUAAAUAUUUGUAUGAAAAACAACCCAAUGAAAAGCAGUAUGACUGUAUCUGCACAAACUAGUUCAUUGCCAGGUAGUAACCACUAAAUGUCCUAUGUCUGUACCGUCGGGAACCGAAGACCCCCUUUAUCCAUUUAAAUGCCAGAAAAUACGAUUUUUAGUCUGUGUUUCCUUUUUACCGAUUAUUUUAACAUUACACACUGUCAAACAAUUACAAUAGCUGAUGUCAGGUUGUUGUUCUUAAAGGUCAGAUGACUUGUAGCCAAGUAGUGCACUCAAUUUUGUCUCCAGUGACACAAAAUGAACAUAACGGCUGACGAUUUAUUCACCGAUUAUCAUGCCCAUCCCUACUUUGGUCAUUGAGAGAUUCGAAACUAUUGUUAAAUUAGUGAUCAUGGGAAAACUGUUUCCUCUUGAGGAUGACAAUGCAUUCAUGUUGAAUGACUGACUGUAAAUAAUUGUAUGACUUGUAUAGAAUAUACAAGGUGCAUCUCAAUACAGUCAACCCCCCGUCUCUGCCGCAAAUAGUGAAAGUCCAUGAGCAAUUGACACCCAGACAAAAAUAUUGUACGUAAUUGUCAAAAGAUGCCAGCAAGGCACUUUUUUCUAUUAGACAAAGCUACGGCCUAACAAAAUGGAAGCUCCUCUCCUCAGUUCAACAUAGAUGCUUGGCCCGAAAAUGCCACCAGAUAGGGCCAAAGCAAUAUUUUUAUACAAGACAUGGCUUUGGCCUGAGCACAAAAUGGUAAAUAGACGAGUUUUUCAACAAAUAACAGGAAAGGUUUCCUCAAAAAAUGUGUGCGUGUGUGUUUUGGGGUCACUGUAAAUUAGAAUAUCCUAGAAAAGUUCAUUUAUUACAGAAGUUGAAUUCAAAAAGUGAAACUCAUUUUCAUUGAUAUUAAACAUUGUUCAGAAGGCCAAUUCUUGCCCAAUUCCUAUAUUAAAAUAAUUUUGCUUUCUUGAGAAGUGAUUGAUAUUUUCAUUAGCUGUAAGCUAUAAUCAUCCAAAUUGAAUCAUAAAAUAUUUCACUCUGUUUGUAGUGAAUCAUAUAAGAGUUGGACUUUUUUAAAAUGUAACUACUGAAAUAAAAUUGUGUUUUCUACAAUAUUCAAAUUUGUUGAGAUGCACCAGUACAUGUCCAGUAAUUAGUGCUUUUUAUGAUAAAUACGAAGGCUGUGAUGUCAGGGGCAGCCAAUAUUAUAUUUUUGUACUGUCAGAUCUUUGUUUUUUGCUGAAACUAUUUAAAUAAAUAUGUCAUG